AUGGCACGUGAGAUGGUUUAUGGCACAUGGGAGAGCUCCGUUCAAAAGCUACCCAAAUACUUGGGAGCUCUCCAAAAAUAUAAUCCAGGAACGAUUGUUGAAUGGCAACAUAAAGCCCGCGACACAUCAACCGGUGCAUAUGUGAUAGGGUACGUAUUCUGGGCGUUCAAGCCGUGCAUUGAAGGGUUCCAACACUGUCGCAACCUUAUCAGUGUAGAUGGGACCCAUCUAUACACAAAGUACAAGCACAAGAUGUUGAUUGCUGCUGCCAUGGAUGGAAAUCAACAGGUACUUCCUCUUGCUUUUGCUGUUGUCGAUGAAGAAUCACUUUUAUCUUGGAAGUGGUUUCUUAGACAAUUGAGCAGACACAUUAUACGGGGUAUCUGCCUUAUUUCUGACCGCCAUGCUGGUAUCACAAGAGCUGUACGUAAAUGUCCGGAUUUUGUGCCACCUAACGGCGUGCACCGAUAUUGCUUGCGGCACGUGUGUUCCAAUUUCAACAGUAAAUACAAAAAUAUUGUGUUGAAAGAUCUUUGUUGGAGAGCUGGCUCUGAAUAUCAGAUCAGAAAAUUCAAUCGCACUAUGGAGGAGAUAAAGAAACAGUCCCUCGAGGCGUUUCAGUGGUUAGAUAGGAUCGACAAGGAAAAAUGGACAGCAUCACAUGACGGUGGAUGGCGAUGCGGAAUUCUGACGACAAAUAUGUCGGAAUGCAUAAAUGGAGUAUUGAAAGGGGCUCGCCGCCUACCGUUGACAGCAAUUGCUGAGAUGACGUUUCAGCGAAGUGUCCAUUAUUUCCGUGAGAGUCACGCUCAAAAGGUAUGCGCUGCAUUCAUGAUUAAUGCUGCAUCAAUGGUGAAGGAUUAUUACGAUAUAAUGACUUAUAAGAAUACAUAUUCUAAGUCAUUUGAACCUGUACAUUCCGAAGAUUAUUGGGAUGUACCGGGAUUUGAGUUGGUCCACGAUCCUACUAUUCGCAUCUCUUCGCGCCCUGGGCGAAAUCAACCAACACGUAUUCACAACGAGAUGGAUUGGGCGCAAAGGCGUGCACGACAACAAGCACAACAAAGAAAUUCUUCAACACAAUCGGAUGUGCCAGUACCGGGUAGCCAGGAUUAA